UCAGCAGGCAACUAUCAGGGUCCUGGCGCUCUUUCUCACUGCGGGCAAUGAAACUUCCUGUUCUGACCGUGUAGCAUCCGACUGGUGUGUGUCAGGGCAGCGGCGGGGACAGGAGCGGGCAGCUCGUCCACCCAUGCGCAGGGGCUGGGGAGGGCACGGGUUCGAGUGCCUGGUGCGGCUGGGCUGGGCUGGGCUGGGCGAGAGCCGCCUGCCGCUACCCCUUCCCCGGGGCUCUGCGCCUCCUCCACACACACACACACACACACAGAGCAGCGGCGGCCAGCCUCACACACACACACACACACACACAGACGCUUCCGGGUACAAGCCCGGCUGGAGCAGCAAGCAGCAACUAGCGAGCGUGUGUGUUUAUUAUUGUGUCGGUUGCUGCCUGUUUGUUUUGAUGCGAGGGAUUCGGACUCCUUCCUCCAAAUGAGCGAGCCCUGCCUACUGUUGUUGUCUCUGCACCCCGGUUCGGGUCGGAGCCCCGGGCUCUCGCUGCCUGGUUUCUGGAUAAAGAGGUGACUGUGUGUGUGUGUGUGUGUGCGCGCACUGUGCCUAAACUCACCCACAGACACACGCACAAAAUAAUCUCUCAACAAAUAUUGUGACCGAGGACUAAAAGUGAUGGACGAAGGGGGUGAAGAGCUGCCGCCGGAAUUGGAGGAAUCCACCGCGUCCGAAUCCUCGUCCUCGGAUGUGGCCGCGUCCUGUGAGAAGGACAGGAGCCCGGCGUCCGCUCACCACCAUCACCACCAGAACAGACCCUUCGGCGGCUUGAAGUUUUUCGGGCGGAGAAUCCGGCUGCCGCCUAAGGGAGUCAUUCCUUAUUUGAUGGGGAUGCGGCAGGGUCGCCGUGGUUCCAGGAAGAUAAAGCACCCCUCCGUCGGGCAUAAAAAAGCUAUUGCAAAGUCCGGACUACAGCACCUGGUUGCUCAACCAAACCCAAGCACUGUCCUUCGGCACGACACAGAUCGUGAAGUGCGCAGCACAGUAGAUUGGACGGAGAAUGCACUGUAUGGCGAACAUAUCUGGUUUGAGACCAAUGUAUCCGGAGACUUCUGUUAUGCCGGGGAACAAAACUGUGUGGCAAAAUUGCUGCAGAGGUCGGUGUCACGGAAGAAAUGUGCUGCUUGCAAGAUAGUGGUUCACACAGCCUGCAUUGAACAUCUAGAGAAAAUAAAUUUUAGAUGUAAACCAACAUUCCGGGAGUCUGGAUCACGAAAUGUUCGAGAGCCCACGUUUGUCCGGCACCAUUGGGUUCAUCGGAGGCGACAGGAAGGGAAGUGCAAGCAGUGUGGCAAGGGUUUCCAGCAGAAGUUUACCUUUCACAGUAAAGAGAUUGUAGCUAUCAGCUGUUCCUGGUGUAAACAAGCAUAUCACAACAAGGUGACGUGCUUCAUGCUGCAGCAGAUCGAGGAGCCCUGCACGCUGGGUGCCCACGCUGCUGUCAUCGUUCCACCAACUUGGAUCAUUCGGGUCAGGCGGGCUCAGAAUUCACUGAAAUCAAGUAAAAAGAAAAAACGGACUUCAUUCAAAAGGAAGUCUAGUAAGAAGGGAGCUGAGGAAGGAAGAUGGAGGCCCUUUAUCAUCAAGCCCAUCCCAUCCUCGCUGAUGAAGCCGUUGUUGGUGUUUGUCAAUCCCAAGAGUGGGGGAAAUCAGGGGGCGAAGAUCAUCCAAUCAUUCAUGUGGUAUCUGAAUCCAAGACAAGUGUUUGACAUGUGUCAGGGAAGUCCAAAGGAUGCGUUGGAACUAUACCGAAAGGUACAGAAUUUACGAAUUUUGGCCUGUGGAGGUGAUGGCACUGUGGGUUGGAUUCUUUCCAUUUUGGAUCAAUUACAGCUGAACCCUCCGCCUCCUGUUGCUGUACUUCCUCUGGGAACAGGAAAUGAUCUUGCCAGGACCCUAAACUGGGGCGGGGGAUAUACAGAUGAGCCAGUUUCCAAGAUCCUGUCCCACGUGGAAGAUGGAAACAUUGUGCAGCUGGACCGAUGGAAUCUGUGUGUGGAAAGAAACGCAGAUGCAGUCCCAGAUGAGCGCGAUGAAACAGCAGCUGAAAAGCUUCCACUCGAUGUCUUCAACAACUACUUCAGCCUUGGCUUUGAUGCUCAUGUGACUCUCGAGUUUCACGAGUCCAGAGAGGCCAAACCAGAGAAAUUUAGCAGUCGAUUUUGGAAUAAAAUGUUCUAUGCUGGGACGGCAGUUUCAGAUUUCUUAACGGGAAGUUCCAAAGAUUUAGCCAAGCACAUUAAAGUGGUGUGUGAUGGGACGGACCUGACGUCAAAGAUUCAGGACUUAAAACUACAGUGCAUCGUCUUUCUGAACAUUCCAAGGUACUGUGCAGGCACUGUGCCAUGGGGGAAUCCAGGUGAACAUCAUGACUUUGAGCCACAGCGCCAUGACGACGGGUGCAUCGAGGUGAUUGGCUUCACCAUGGCGUCAUUGGCUGCUCUGCAAGUUGGCGGACACGGGGAACGUCUCAACCAGUGCCGUGAGGUGACGCUAACGACAUACAAGUCGAUUCCAAUGCAGGUUGAUGGGGAGCCAUGCAAGCUUGCACCGUCCAUCAUUCGGAUCUCAUUGCGGAACCAGGCGAACAUGGUCCAAAAGACCAAGAGGAGGACAUCCAUUCCCCUGCUCAAUGAUCAGCAGAUGAUAUCCGAACGUCUGAAGAUCUGUGUGAAUCGGAUUAGCAUGCACGACUACGAAGCCCUGCAUUACGACAAGGAGAAGCUGAAGGAAGCCUCUGUGCCCUUGGGCAUUAUUGUUGUCCCCGGGGACAGUGACCUGGAGAUCUGCCGCACCCACAUUGAGAGGCUUCAGGAGGAUUUCCCCCUGGUUCAUCCCUCGCUCCAGCAUCUGAUGCUGCAGGAGGACAAUGGCAACAAGUCUCGAACCUUGUCUUCACAGAAGCUGUCCCCAAAAUGGUUGUUUUUCUGGACUAAACUGAAAGACACGCAGAAUUUCUGCCCAACUAACACCUUGUAUUUCUCAAAGCGAACAAGCCCUGCAAUUCUGAUACAGUGUGGAUUACGACCUGCCACUACUGCUGACCGGUUUUACAGAAUAGAUCGAGCACAGGAGCACUUGCACUACGUGACUGACAUUUCCCAAGAUGAACUCUUCAUCCUGGACCCAGAACUCGUAAUCACAGAAACGGUGGGAACGUCGCCAGGAAUGCCUGAUUUAGUCGGAUCAUCUGAUUCCUUCACCUUUCCAUCCUCCUCUUCACCGCCAUUGUCACCUGUCCCCAGUCCCACCAGCCCUCACUCCGACAGUGAAGCCCUUACCAGACGCCACAAGAAGUCUCUCUUCUCCUCACACUCUGGCUUCCCCUUUCCUGUGAAAAAGAGAAUCUUGGAUUUGCAGAAAGCCUCCCAGAGGAAGCGUAUUUCUAGCGACAGUUCGGUUGCUGAGGCGCUCGCCCACAGUGAAUCGCUCAGAGUGUCAAAGCCUUUGCUCAGCAGGACAGGUGCCAAGGUAACCAGUGUACAUCGAUCGAAUACAACAGCAGCCGACUUUAAACCAACAUCUAAACUGCCCGUGGUGCAGGGACCUACACCAACCCAGCCAGCACCAAUGUCAAGACCUGAGGAUACCACUGCAUCGAGUGCAAGUUCAGAUGAGAGCCUUCUUCAUGCAGUGAAGAACAAUGACCUACAGCAGUUACGAGAGUUGCAGAAAUCAGGUGCUAAUCUACUGGUGCGAGAUUCACUGGGACGGACCCUCCUGUAUCAUGCUGUCAGUGAGGGAAACAAAGAAAUUGUGAAAUACAUCCUUGACAAUGCCUCUCCAGAGAUCCUGGACUUAACAGAGACAGAGAAUGGUGAAACUGUCCUACACAAAGCAGCUGCACUCCGGCAUAGAACCAUAUGCCAUUUUCUUGUGGAAGCUGGGGCGUCCCUAAUGAAGACAGAUUUGCAGGGGGACACGCCAAAAAACAAAGCUGAGAAAGCCAUGGACCUGGAGCUGGCAGCAUACCUGGAAAACCGGCAGCACUACCAGAUGAUUCAGCGCGAGGAUCAGGAGACGGCUGUGUAACCCCUUGCAAAAGGAUGACGGCAAAUCCCUCCCCCUUUCCCACCAGCUCCCCUCCACCCCACCCUAUCCUGGACCGUGCAUGCCUGCUGCCAUUUGUGACCACAUGGGGUUGUUGGCAACUCAAACCUUAGACCAGUCUGUGAAUGUCUGUGUUUAUUAUUACCCAACCCCCCCUUCCUCCCCCCUCUACCAAUACUCAAGCCACAAACUGGAGCAUCGAAAGCUACAACUAAAAAUGGCAUCGUGCCAGUGACUGCUCAGCAAGCAGCAGUUCAGUGGUGGUAGCAACCUGGCGAGUUGUGUCUCACCGGUGCGAAUGGGUGGAUAAGGUCAACGGUUUUUAAUGAAGUUGGGUAGCCAUGGCAUUCACGUAAACUUUGUGAUGUUUAAAUUGCACAUAGCCCAUGUGGCUUUAUGUACUUGGGACAAGCCCUCUGCUGUUGUCAUGACUGGAGUGGUAGCAGAGGUAAUACAGAUGGCUGUAAAGUGAACGCUCACUACUUUGUGAAAGGGCACAUGUGCUCUAGUGCAGGCUGAAAAUUUUAAUAUGGAAUCUGAUUACACAGUGGCUGCCUUUUUAAAAGAAAACUACAUGGAAAAGUGCUCUAUAUCGGAACUUCUUAUUGAGAUGAUGUAGAACGUUAACACGAGAGAAGUCUGCUGCAAACUUUGCCAUCUGUUUAGGGCUUCUGUAAUGUUUACGGUGGGUGGGGUGGGUUUGUGAUUUAGUGAUGUUGCAUCCAACGUCCGUUCACGGUUACUGGGACGCAGGGGAGGGGACAGGACCUGCUUUCCAUCCACAAUGUUAGAGAGGACUGAGAGAGUGAAAAGUAUGAGUGGCUGUUUUUUUCCUGACAUCCAGGCUCUAACCAGCAAAUUGAUUUACUGGUGAGGUAUUGAGGCAGACAUUUAAUAAAUACCCUAAACACGGUUGAUUUUAUUUGAUUUAAGUGAAACACUGUUUUUUGUUUACUUUUACAUGGGCAUUUAGAAAAAAAAUGGAUUCUUAAAGCUGUAGAUCAAAAAUUUCAGACAGGCAUUUAGACACCUGCAGUCACCAUGCUAUACAUGUUUUAGUGAGAAUAGGGUCUCUGGCAAAUGGUUUAAUAAGGAAAUAGUUUUGUUUUGUCCCAUUUAAUGAACAAAAAUUCAAGCCUGUUAUUGAAGAGGUAUUUUUCAAGUUGGCACCAAGGUUUUUGACGAGACUUUGCUCAGAGCAAGUUUCCAGUUCAUUGAAAGAGAUUUGCUCAGCUAGUGCCACUCACUGAGUCAACAGAAGUGUGAUGGUCUGUGACCUGCCAAUUCCCACUUACUGGGCUGGUCCCAGGUUGCAUUGGCAGUCUGUGCUGUUAGCUGUUCAGCUGGGCUAAAUGAGGGCUUCGGAGCCAGAGGGGAAAGAAGUGACCAAAAAGCAGCCGAGCUUUCUAUCCCUGGGCCUUCACUGUACCAACUGCUGCCACAUUAAGGCAUGCAACCUUUCUUUGGCUCCUCAAAGAAAAUGUACCAAACAGCAGAAUACUUCAUCGCAGAUACCCAUAUUAGUGGACCAAUCUGUAUGCAUUGUGGUGAUUUUUUUUAAACAUGAUUUCUGUGCAAUUUCAUUCUGCAGCACCUUACCAAUGAAUCCUUCUUCAAGUGAGGUAAUAUGGGAUGUUGUGGCAAAGAAUAUUUUUUGGUAAUCUUUCAGAAUCCUAAUUGGAAUAUUUACCUAUUUUUUAAAAAAAAAAAGCAGCACUCCUGGAUUUGGAUCUUUCAGAAAGGAAACACUGCACUGAGCUGAAGCAGUCGGCAAUCACGUUAUUUUACUAAAGACCUACAUUUACGUAGUGCUGUUCAGAGUCUCAGGUUUCCCCCAAAGGGCUUUACAAACAAUGCAGAGCUUUUGAAGUGUGGCUAGUGUUAAAGGUGAAGGUGAAGGAAAAUUUGGGGCAGAAAAUUUCCAGAAACAGCAUUGUGAUGGUGACCAGAUAAUCCGCUUUAGAGCUGAUCUGAAUGAUAAAUAUUGGCCAGGACACCAAGGAUAACCCCUGCAGUAGGAUCUCUUGCGAGAAGGCAGCUGGGUCCCAUAGCUUUUCAUCUCAUUGAAAGUAGGGCACAUCUGACAGUGAAGCAAUCCUGCAGUGCUGACCUGGACACUAACUCCAGUGCAGCAAUGAGGAAUCGCUUCACUGGAGCGUCGAUGCAGACUUUUGUGGUCAUGUCUCUGGAGUGGGAUUGGAACCCAUAUUCUAGACCACGUGAAGGGUCUCGACCCGAAACGUCGACUGUCCAUUUGCCUCCACAGAUGCUGCCUGACCCGCUGAGUUUCUCCAGCAGCUUUUUUUUUGCUUCAGAUUCCAGCAUCUGCAGUCUCUUGUGUCAUGAGGUGAAGAGAACUACCAACUGCCUCUCAUUUUAUUGAGGUCCUUUUGUUAAUUGGCUUUCCAUUUUGAGAAAAGGUACAUCUUUCUCCUGCGUUCUCCAGCCCACCUUCCCUGUGCUCCCACCAAACAGCAACACAAGAAAUGGGGAAUGAACAAAACAUGGAAUUUGAAGAAAUCUGAAUGUCACAUGGAUUUAAUGGAGCACUUUUAACCCCUUUGCUUCCGUUAGAUCUAUCCCUGAGAAGCUUUUCAUCACCCAUCGUGUCCCUUCCCCCAAACAUACCUCUUCGGCUUUUCCUUGUUUUGCUUUCCACAUCUCCUUGGGAUGUUCUGUAGGGUCAAAGGUGAUUGUUGCUGUUGAAAACGAUAGCUUAUGAAGGGAGAUGACAGGUGGUAAGUGCUUGCUCUGAGAUCAGUCACAUGUGGUUGCUCUUAGAUCUUGCAGGCUCACCCCUGAAACCUGACAUUCUCAGUUUCGAAAAGGUCUCUUUAGCUCAGCAUGGUGGAGCAGUAUCUGUUUAAACUAUAUGUUAGGAUGCUCAAUCUUGCACACUGGUACUGUACGCUGGCACUGUAUAUAUUAUAUAUCAAGCAAGGCCUUAAGUCAACAGAAAAGGAUUUUCCUUACUGAAUAUACAAUUUGGUAAAUGGAUAUUUGGUUCUGAACUUUCUGUUGAUUGCUUUAGAUUAAUAUAUAUUGUAUGAUUUGACUUCAACAGAACACCAAACUAGUACUGUUGUAGGAAAAUGACAUUAUUGUUGCAUUGAAUUGUUAUAGAAAAGAAGCAGAGAUGGUUUUAACUUUACUUCAGUGGAAUGGAUAAACAGGAGGGUUAUUUCACAGGCAGCCUAUCCGAAGUUGCCAGUUUUAUUCUACCGCCAAAAGUUGAAAUCACCUUCAGUGUUUUUGCUUAUAAUUGGAACAGAUUUAAAAAGUGAAAGGUUUACAUCCUCUAACCUUACCUGGAAAAAGUAGCACUGUGCCAGGAGGAAGGAGGAAAUUGAACCCUGCCACACCGUCCUUGAAGCUGACACCUAGGACCUCCUAAUUCCCACAGGAAGAAGGUGGAACUACAUCAGCAGAAUGGAGACAGGCGGCUCCAACCUCUGCUGUCGACUGUGUAAAUAUGUUCUUUGAACAAAACCUUUCUGUCUGGUUGUAAAUUUUCCAGGAUAGUACAAUUAUUGUAAUAUUCUAGUGAGGUUAUGUUGACGUAUCUGACAGUUUGCUAUCUGUGACUAUUUUUGUGUGUAAAUUACUACAAGCCCUUUUUGUAGAUUGAUAUAACUUCAAACAUUGGCAGUUGUUUUUAUAUUUGCAUUUUGUGUGCGUGUGCAUUUUAGAAACAAAUGCCUUGAUUUGCCUGUUGUCGAGUGAGUUGGAUACAGCUGCCUUGUUCCUACUUGAAACUGUGAGCCAAGUCCCAGAGUGUUCCUCACUGAAGCAGUGUGAAGCCUUUGAGUCAACAUGUCGUAUGCCACGUGUUUUCAGGAUCAGAUGGUAUAAAAGGAUGGGAUUGCCUCACAGGACAACACAUUUAAGAUCAAUACUCCUAAGUCCAUCAAGACAAAAUUUGGUUAGAGGUGUGAAGUGGGUGGUGUUUAACUUAUUUACUUCAGUGAUGUUGAACAAGUCCUCCCAUCUUAACAAUGACCUGCUUAUCACACCACAUGAUAAAUGUCAUGUGAUAACCACUUGCAUUAAAUUCCACUGUUUCUGUUCUAAUGGAGGUAUUAAACUAUUUUGAAAUGAGAGCAUGCGAUAUAGGAUUUAGACACCAACAUGUUGUACGAUACCAUUUCCAGGAUAUUGCUUGUGAGAGAACAGAUCCAAGUGUUCGAAUUAACUAGUCGGUCAGCAUUAUGAACUGCAUACGGCUUCAUAUGGUGCCCAGCAUGCAUUUAGUGCCUGCAGUUAUGUUCUUUUUAAUAUAUUUUGACCUCUUUUAAAUAGUGUCUUUGUUUCUCAGACUCACAUUUGCUGCCUUUUCCUCCAAGAUUUAAAUCCAUAUAUCCCCACCCAUCAGUCCUGCCGACAGAAUCUGUCUUUUAACAGCCAGGCUGGUUUUUCUCUGCGUAAGGUUUCCCAUCUCAUUGGAUGCACAGUGACACGACCAAGAGGUAUGCUCAUUCCCAGUACUUCCAGGGAAUAAGUAGGAUAAUGGGAAGAGGGCAGGAGAGGUAUGGCAGAAAAUGAAAAUGUUUGGAUACCUGGGAAUUUAGGGAAUCAAUAUUAAAGGCUGGGAGUAAGGAACAAGGUUGAGUUAUGUGCUGGAUGCUGACCUUCUACUUGUAAGGUCAAACUCAAUCUUCAUAUGUCAUUGACAUGAGCAGUGAACAUUUGGGAGACAGUUUGCUGGGGCAUUGGUACAAUUUUAAUCCAGUUCUAGUAGAGGCCUUCGUUACAAAAUGGUUCCCAAUUUCAGCACAAUGAGAAAUGACAGGAUGGGGAAAUCCCAGUGCAGGAGAAGAUUAUAACUGAGUAGGUGCUGAAAUGUGUCAGGUGCAGGGUAUUCAUUCUGUUUUUAAUUAAGGAAAAGCUAACUUGACAGAGUGUUGACACUGGGUGUUCCAUCGCCUACCAAAUUCCCCCUUUGAUGAAUGCAAAGUUUGGGUCGGCAUAUAAACUGAUCUAGACCCUCAAGAAGAUCAGUUGAGAUCAUGGUAAUGUUUAUUGGCAAAAGUGGAUGGACCUGUGGACUUAUAUUGGAGAAGACCUGAAAACCUUUAACCGUCAUAAUUUAAUUGCAAGUGCUUCUGGAGCAUUAAGCCAUUGACUGCUGAUAGGAUGAGGCAUAAUGCCAGUCCUAACAACUCAGCCUGGUAUUGAGGAAUGGAGAGCAGAUCGCCAGCCUUUGUUGAGUUAGUUAAAUUCUUCAUUCCCCAUCAAUCUUUAAGAUAUGAAUCAAUUGAUCUAGCUACUUUUAUCGUACUGUGAGCAUUACCAGCUUUUCCUUUGUUGUGGGUCCAUUUAUAAGUAGAGCUCUGGCAGGGCUGGGGUGGGUUUGUAAAAAUAAUUGACCAAGAUUCCUACUCCUCCUUAACCAGUGGUCUGACUGAUUGAUGUCUCCUGGAGAUUUGAGAUGCCCUUGGCCGUGUCACAUGACCCAUUGACACCACUUUAAUGGGAACUUGCACAAAUGUUUAGUAGUUUGCCAUUUCGCAAAGUACAAGAUUGAAUGGAUAAGAUUUCUGUAAACUUUAGCCACAUCUCCCCAUCACCCUCCUCUGAUACCUGUAGACCAUGGGAACAAGUAAAUGGACCAAGUGACAUGAGGGAUAUAUAUAUCUCUUUUACAGAUAAUGUGGUUUAUGUUAGAAUGAAAUCUUCUGAUGGGGCAGUUAGGAUACGACUAAAGGCACUAAUAGCUGGGUGUACCUGAAGUGUGGAAUGGUGAUGUUGCUGACUUAGUGAGCAACAAGCUGGGACUGGUAUAAAUGUCCUUUUACGGGGUUGCGUAUAAAUGGAUUUGAUUGUAUUUGCAUCAGACUGGACCAAUAAAAAGAAGCAAA